AUGUCACUAGUAGACACGUCCUCGUUGCGAGGAAGACAGAUAGCCACGUUGGAGCGAAUGCUCCAUCUCAACAAAGAUGGCUCUCCCGACUUGACCCUAGCCUCCAAGAACGAGGAUAUCAUCUGGAAAGUGCUCGUUUUGGAUACGAAGUCGAGAGCGGUACUUUCGUCAGUUUUGCGUGUGAACGACUUGCUUCGUUGUGGGAUUACUGUCCAUUCAUUGAUUUCGCAAAAGAGAACGGCCUUACCAGAUGUACCAGUGAUCUAUUUUGUCGAGCCCAACAUCGACAACGUCCUCCAGAUCAUUGACGACUUAGAAAGCGACAAGUACGACAAAUUCUAUGUCAACUUCACCUCUCUGAUCAACCGUGAGCUUCUCGAGGAGUUUGCGAAAAAAGUAUCGAUCUCAGGCAGACUGUUUCGUAUCAAACAAGUCUACGAUCAGUACCUAGACUUCAUAGUCACCGAGCCCAACUUGUUUUCGCUCGACUUCAAGGAUAUCUUCACGCAGUUCAACAAUGCGGGCACCGACGAAGACACCAUCCAUAGACUUGUAGACCAAAUUGCCCUGGGCUUAUUGCUGACGAUAAUCACCCAGGAGAACGUUCCAGUUAUCCGAGCUCAACAAGGAGGGCCAGCUGAGUUUGUAGCCACCCAGUUGGACUUGAAGCUCCGUGACUAUCUCAGUAAUUCGCGCAGCUCUCUGUCGCUGGCCCAACUGAUUCAACAAAGACCGGUGUUGAUCUUGCUCGACAGAAACAUCGACUUGGCCUCUAUGCUAGCCCACUCGUGGAUCUACCAGUGUAUGGUGAGUGAUGUCUUUUCCUUGCAGAGAAACACCAUCCGCAUCCACAAAUACAAGGAAAACGAGUCGACACCGGAGUUCAAGAACUACGAUGUUGAUCCUCGAGACUUUUUCUGGAACAAGUACUCGCAAUUACCAUUUCCAGACGUAGUAGAAAGUGCCGACAUCGAAUUAAACGCCUACAAAACCGAAGCCAAAGAGCUCACAAACAAAACAGGUAUUACUUCGCUCACCGAUAUUGAUCCCAACUCCAACGACACCGCCAACAUGCAGCAGGCGUUGGAGAAGUUGCCAGAGCUCACAGCCAGAAAGACUACCUUGGAUAUGCACAUGGAUAUCUUGGCUGCGUUGAUCAACGAAUUGCAAGCAAAGAGCUUGGACAAGUUCUUUGAAAUCGAACAGAAUGCCAGCGACCCCAAGAUUGAGAGCGAGUUCUUGGAGUUGUUGACGUCUCUGGCACAGAGAGACAAUGCACAGGAUAAGUUGAGAACAUUCCUUAUACUAGUGCUACUUGUAGACUUGCCCAAACAGUAUAUUACAAAAGUAAGAAACGUCUUUGUCGACAAGUACCCAACCAUAAAUUUGGCAUCCCUUGACUACGUGCUCAAGUUCAAAGAGCAUGCUAAGUUAACCAACAUCUCGUCGUUGAACGACACCUCCACACAGAACUCAUAUUCCAACUCAGCCAAUAACAACACCAAUACCUCUGCAUUGUUGAGCGGUUUGUCGUCCAAGUUGUAUGGCUUGACGGAAGGCAAGAUCUCUGAAGGUUUGACUUCCAUCGCAUCGAAGAUUAAGAACUUCAUUCCUGAAAAGAAGCAGUUGCCCAUCACCAGUGUGGUGGAAGCAAUUAUGGAUCCCAACAACGCCUCCAACACAUCCACCCAGUUGACUGAUGACUACUUGUACUUGGACCCCAAGUCACGGGGUGGACACUCAAAACCUCCCAGAAGACAAUCAUACCAAGAGUCAUUGGUGUUUGUCAUCGGUGGAGGCAACUAUUUAGAAUACCAGAACUUACAGGAAUGGGCCAGCCAACCCAAUAAGCCAAACAAGAAGGUCGUGUAUGGAAGUACUAGCAUUAGUUCGGCAAGUGAAUUCUUGGAUGAGUGUAUUGAGUUGGGUAGCCGCUAG